AUGUCUCUGCGCACGCCAAUCUCAAAAUUGCUCAAAAAACUUCGCUUUCCUGCUUCCCACGCCUUCUCCGCCUCUACAGUUACAAAAAAUCCACUACCCAUCUCAUUUUCCGGAAAGGAACUUUCCCAUUGGUAUCAAACUGGUGCAUAUGGUUGGAGAACAAAUCUUAGGGAUCCUUGUUUAUGGAUUCUUGUAUCUGGACAUGUAGUUGCGACUCUUGGAAUUAGUGCCAACGUUGCGUUUUCGGAAUCAUCUUCUGAUGAUAGCACUGGUGGAUUAAAAAGAAUUGAGGAUGGUUCUGUAGCAUCGAAUAUACAUACUGCAAAAUGGAGAGUUUUUACCGAUAAAGGACGAGAGUUUUUCCUAGAGGGAAAAUUCGAUGAUGCUGAAAGACUCUUCGUUGCUGCCAUACAAGAAGCUAAAGAAGGUUUUGGCGAGCAAGAUCCGCAUGUUGCGUCUGCAUGCAACAAUCUGGCAGAGUUGUACAGGGUCAAAAAGGCAUUUGACAAAGCAGAACCGUUGUAUUUGGAAGCUAUCAAGAUCCUAGAAGAAUCGUUUGGUCCGGAUGAUGUAAGGGUUGCGGUUGCUGUUCACAACCUAGGACAGUUCUACCUUGGACAACGGAUGUUGGAUAAAGCAAAAGUUAGCUAUGAGCGCGCUUUGAAGAUAAAAAGGCGUGUUCUGGGAUAUGGCCAUUCAGAAUGUUCAGAUACGAUGUAUCAGAUCGGCAUGGUGCUGUAUCUUCAAGGAAAAGAAAAGGAGGCUGAGAGCAUUAUUAAGGACUCUAUAAGCAUGCUAGAGAAAAGUGCCGAAGGAGAGUCAUUUGUAUGCAUUAAAAGACUCCGUUUCCUCUCACAGUUAUAUUUGAAAUCACAUCGUCUUGAUGAAGCUGAGAUGGUCCAGAGAAAGAUCCUGAACAUAAUGGAAUUGUCAAAGGGGUGGAAUUCUUUGGACACAGUUAUUGCAGCUGAAUCCUUGGCCUUGACACUACAAGCAUCUUCCGAAACAAAACAGUCGAAAGAGCUUCUUGAAAGAUGUCUUGAUGUCCGGAAAACCUUACUUCAUAGUGAUCAUAUUCAGAUUGGUGCAAACCUACUUCAUCUAGCAAGAGUGGCAAUGCUUGAUUGCAGCCAACACAAAAAAUCAGAUGUUUCUAAAGCUAAAGCUGAGCUUGAUAUAGCAAAGGAUCAUUUGCAUAAUUCCAUAAGGAUUGCGCGUCAAUGUUUAGAUAAGGUAUUGAAACAAAAAGACAAGUCGAAGAAAAACAGUAUGCUUGGACGGUCUAGAAAGGAAGCCCAAGCAACACUAGUCAUAUUGUUGCAAUCACUCAGCACUCUAUCAUCGGUGGAGUUGGCUAAGCAAGAAUUGCAGAAGAUUCAGGAAGGGGACAUUAACCUUGAGGCUAAAGAAGCACUUCUACAAUGCAUUGCUGCUUACAACGAGUUUGUUGUACAUAAGAAGUCCAUUGCUGAUUCCUCUGAAAUAAAGAAUGAGUAUUUUUCAUGUUUUAACCGUGCUCAAACCUUGCUUGGCAAUAAACUUGAUCGAGAAGGUAUCCGUAAGCCGAAUCAAACAUCAUGA